ACACAGCCCUUCCUCCUCUGUACCACACUUAAAACAUAGUCCCAUCCCUCCCCUCCCCUCGUCAUUCCUCAUUCAUUGCUCCCUCUUCCCAACCCCCACUUUCCUUUUAAAUUCCUCCCCUUUUCUUCCUUUCACUUUCACUAUUCAGUAAUCGAGUAAAGGAAAAGGGAAUCUCUCGUUUCCUUCACUUCCAAAAUGCGCCUUCAUUUGUCUGUGGCACUGAUUUGUGCCACUCUUUUCUCCAUUGCCGGGGCUGAAGAUCCCUACAGAUUCUUCAACUGGAAUGUCACCUACGGUGAUAUUUUUCCUCUCGGCGUUCGUCAAACGGGUAUUCUCAUCAAUGGACAAUUCCCAGGCCCUGAUAUCCACUCUGUUACCAAUGACAAUCUCAUUAUCAACGUGUUUAACAACUUAGACGUUCCUUUCCUCCUUUCCUGGAAUGGAGUCCAAAAUAGGAGGAAUUCUUAUGAAGAUGGUGUCUACGGAACAACUUGCCCCAUUCCUCCGGGGAAGAAUUUUACAUACAUUCUUCAAGUGAAGGAUCAAAUAGGCAGCUUUUAUUACUUCCCCUCUCUCGAUUUCCACAAGGCUGCUGGUGGUUUUGGAGGGAUUAGAAUCCUUAGCCGCCCACGGAUUCCGGUUCCCUUCCCAGAUCCUGCUGGGGAUUACACUGUUCUUAUUGGAGAUUGGUACACGUCCAAUCACACGGACUUGAAAGCUCACCUAGAUGGUGGUAAUAAGCUACCUUUCCCUGAUGGAAUUCUUAUCAACGGUCGUGGACCUGGCGGUGCUUCCUUCAAUGUCGAACAAGGGAAAACAUACAGGCUUAGGAUAUCAAAUGUUGGAUUGCAAAAUUCUCUCAAUUUCCGCAUCCAAAACCACAAGUUGAAGUUGGUAGAAGUCGAGGGAACCCACACUCUGCAAACUACCUACUCCUCAAUAGACCUUCACGUUGGCCAAUCGAUGUCUGUUCUAUUCACAGCUGAUCAGCCUGCCAAAGACUAUUACAUUGUGGUCUCUUCUCGCUUUACCACCCCGGUCCUCACCACUACAACAACUCUACGCUAUAGCAAUUCUGCCGGCCCGGUCUCUGGUCCCAUUCCUGGUGGGCCCACCAUCCAAAUCGAUUGGUCUUUGAACCAAGCCCGGUCUAUUAGAAAGAACCUUACAGCAAGCGGACCAAGGCCUAACCCACAAGGGUCGUAUCACUAUGGUCUCAUCAACACGACCAGAACCAUCAUUCUUUCAAAUUCUGCCGGCCAAGUCAAUGGCAAGCAAAGAUAUGCGGUUAACAGUGUUUCCUUUGUUCCAGCAGACACUCCUUUGAAACUUGCAGACUAUUUCAAAAUCGAUGGAGUUUAUCGUAUCGGAAGCAUAUCCGAUAGACCUACCGGCGGAGGGAUAUACCUUGACACUUCGGUUAUGAACACAGACUAUAGAGCUUUCAUUGAGAUUGUAUUUCAGAACGAUGAGGAUAUUAUACAGAGCUGGCAUCUUAACGGAUACAAUUUCUUCCUUGUUGGUAUGGACGGAGGGCAAUGGACACCUGCUAGUAGGAACGGAUACAACCUUCGCGAUGCUGUUUCUCGUUGUACCACUCAGGUGUACCCCAAGUCAUGGACGGCCAUUUAUGUGGCACUCGACAAUGUGGGAAUGUGGAACUUAAGGUCCGAGAACUGGGCAAGACAGUACCUGGGGCAACAGUUUUAUUUGCGCGUGUUCACAACCUCAACUUCAUUGAGGGAUGAGUACCCGAUCCCGAAGAACGCACUACUCUGCGGCAGGGCAAGUGGCAGGAGAACCCGACCUGUUUAAGCCACCCGUAGAAUAAAGGAUACAACAUUUGAGCGGCAGAGUUUUGGCUUAUGAACUUGUUUAUUACUGCGAAUAAGAACAUUUGAGCGUAAAGAACAUGAUGGAUUGGUUACGAGUUUAAAAUUUAAUAGACCUCAACUCGAGGUCUCAUUCUUUCUUAC